AUGAGCACUUUUGGAACGCUCUUGAUGAGGUCUGGGUGUUGCAACCCGAUCAGUCUUUCGAUACCUCCCAACAGAGACAUCUCGUGCUUUUCGCUGGUGACCAAUUUACCCAACAAUCCCUUGUGCUCCUCGAUCUGGUCCACGAUAUCCUCUGUGAACAGAACCUGGGCCAGCACCUCGAUGGUCUUUGGCUCGCCAAUGAUUCCUGUCUCGGAGGCCUUUCUGAAGAUCUCUACGUCGUCGGGAAGGUCGCCCUGCAACAGCCACUCGCCGAACUCCUCGAACUUGUCGUUGGCAGAAGAACUCAACGUUAGUCCUUCCAGCUCCCGCGCACGAGCCUUGACCGCCUCCUCAGACAUGUCCACAGCCCAGUCCUCGUCCUUGACCACCACCUUACGCGAAGGAGGAGCUUCGCCGGCGAAAUCGCCUGCGCCAGACUCGUUGUCCUGCUGUUUCUCUGCAAUCUCGGCGAUCUUGGUGCCACCGCCUCCAACGUUAGCAGAGGCCGUUCCGCUCUUCUUGCUCUUCUUUGGCGGCGGGUUCUUCAAGAUGUACGUCACCAGCUUCUGUCGUGGGUCACAAGACGUGAUUUUUCCGCACGCCUUGCAAUCUCUCAUCACGUUGUCGUCCUUGGUGAUGGUCAGCUCCGUUUCCGGGUUCUUACACGACGGACACAGCACAAACUUGUUGAUGAAGUUGUCCAGCACGUCCUGCAGCUUUCCCGCGUCGUGCUGA